AUGUCGCUUCGCGUGGUGACCAUCGAAGGACGGUACCCGACUGACGUCGCGCUCGGUGUUAUCCAUGCCGUGCUCGCAGCGUGGUACAGAUCCGUUGGUAUGUCCCGCGUAUGGAAGCUCUUUGCAUCGUUGCCGCAGAUGAAGGACAUUUUGAUCCUGGAUGCCGUUUACAGUGGGAACAUGACCGUGUUGAAGCAUCUCCAUGCUGCAGAUUUGGACGUGCUGGUGUUCCUCCAUGAAGUCGUAACCCACUCCGGAUGCACAUCGUUGGCCAUGGACGUUGCAGCCCAAUAUGGGCAUCUCCACGUCGUCCGGUACCUUCACGAACGUCGAACGGAAGGGUGUUCCAUGUGGGCUAUGAAUGGCGCCGCCGAAAACGGUCAUUUGGAAGUUGUGCAUUUUCUUCAGUUGCAUCGCCCCGAGUCGAAUCUCGAGUGGGCACUCGAGUACGCAGCUGCGGAUGGCCGAAUGGAUGUCGCCGUGCUCUUGAGCGAUCUUUUCGGGACCGACAGGGAAUGUUCGACUCGGGCGAUGGACGGCGCCGCGCGCAAUGGUCACUUGGCCAUGGUUCAGUACCUACAUCUCAAUCGACGCGAUGGGUGUACGACGGGCGCGAUGGACUGGGCCGCCACCCACGGCCACGUCGCCAUUGUCCAGUGGCUCCAUGCCAAUCGUACAGAAGGCUGCACGACGUCUGCGAUGGACAUGGCGUGCGGCGCGAAGGGCCAUUUGGAGUUAGUCAAGUGGCUUCAUGCGCAUCGACACGAAGGGUGUACAACCUCCGCCAUGGACGACGCCGCUGCGAAUGGAAAGUUGGAGGUCGUCCUAUAG